UGAAAAUGAGGAUGAGGAUGAAGAUGAGGAUAGGAAGAGAGAAGUAGAAGAGAACGAUGAUGAAGAUGGUGGAGUGGGAAAGAAUAAGAGUGGAAAUGAGACUGAAAAUGGCAGUGAAGUAAAUAAUGGUAGCGGUGAGAUGGAUAAGAAGAACGAGUAUGGUGGUGGUAUUCGAAAGUAUCAGUAUCCAGUGAGGCCUGAAGCUGAAGAUUGCUCAUUUUACCUCAAGACUGGAAUGUGUAAGUUUGGAUCCAAUUGCAAGUUUAAUCACCCAGUUAGAAGAAGAAGCAAUCAUGUAUUUUUUUUCUUCUUCUUCUUCGGUGCUAAGGAGAAAGUAAAAGAAAGGGAAGAGUUCACAGAAAAUCCUGGGCAGUCAGAAUGCAAGUAUUAUUUGAGGUCAAGGGGAUGUAAAUUGGGAAAAGCGUGUAAAUAUAACCACACUAAAGGAAAGACUUCUGCAGCACCAUUAACACCAGUUCUAGAGUUUAACUUUGUUGGUCUUCCAAUCCGAGUGGGUGAGAAAGAAUGUCCAUAUUACAUGCGAACUGGCUCCUGUAAGUAUGGAGGAAACUACAUGUUUAAUCAUCCUGAUCAAACGGAUGCGGCAGGAAGUGACACUUCUGCAGGAUAUGGUAAUGGUAGACCUGUCUCUUUACAAGGUGCACGACAAUCAACUCUACCAUCUUGGUCUUCACCAAGAUCUUUGAAUGAGACUGCUCCCUUUAUGCCAAUGAUGCUUUCCCCAACUCAAGGGGUUCCUUCACAAAAUCCAGAGUGGAAUGGGUAUCAGGCUCCUCUAGUUUAUCUACCGGAAAGGAACUUGCCUCCACCUCCUGCAUAUGUGAUGAACAACCCGGUGACUGAAAUCAAUAUCUAUCAACACCAUCCACCCCAGAAAUUAAUUGAAGAAUAUCCAGAACGACCUGGCCAACCCGAAUGCACUUUCUUCUUAAAAACAAGGGAUUGUAAGUUUAAAUCCAAUUGCAAAUAUCACCAUCCAAAGAAGACGGCUAUGGGGGCACCCCCAUGCGCCUAA